AUGCUUAGACUCGCAGCAGCUCCGAAGAGGCUUGCGUUCUGCACAAGCGGCAGCCGCCACUACUCCGCCGCCUCCGGCAGCACGGGCGGGAAGCCGCCGUCGUUCUUCCACAACGAGGCCAACUUGCCCCGGAAGAUCGAGCCUGUGCCGGGGGGCACGGGUCUGGCACAGAAGGAGGCCGUCCCGUUGCCGCCAAAGACCCACCUCGAGGGCGGUUCCGGCGCCAACACCGCCGUUGCCGGCGCCAAGCCUGCGUUGGCUGUGCCGCAGACGGUGAUGCCGCCGAAGCCGCUGUUCGCUGACGCCGCCAACACGCCGCCGCCUCCGCCGCCGGGCCCCUCUGCCGACACGUCGAACUACUUCCGCAGCUACAAGGACUUCUGCAAGGGCAUGGCGUACCUCGGCGUCGGGAUGGGCGUCAUCUUCUUCAUGUUCGACCAGCACGAGCGCCUCGACGUCAGCGAGAGACAGAUGCAGCUGAUGAAGAAGAAGCAGAAGGAGCUGGUGCUGCAGAUGCAGACGUACAAGAGCAAGCUCAACAAGGUGGCCGUGGAGAACGCCAAGAAGAGCGUGCUCGUGCAGGGCAAGAUGCAGAUGCACGUGGCGCUGCUCCGACAGCAGCUCCUCGACCUCGGCGCAGACCCGGUCACCAUUGCCGCCGCCAUCGACAGGUUCGAGCAGGACGUGAAAGUCGACGUGGCCCCGAACACCGUCGAGUUGUGGGUCCCGGGCGAGUCCAGCCUCAAGAGCCUUAUCCCGGACCCGCACGAGUACAGCAAAAAGAAGUAG